AUGAUUUCAGAGGCGAUGCAUCGGUGGUUGCUUGGUGGCGUGAUGGCGAAAUGCUCCCGGAGAGCGGGUGCACGAUGGCUAGCGUGCGUUGUGAAAGCGCGUUACAGUGUCAAGCGUCUAAACGAUGGCAAUUGCUUUUUCUUACCAGCACUGAAUUGCCAGGAACGAUUUCAAUCAUCCUCGGACAAGAAGUAUCACUGUAGCGUCUGUAAAAAAGCCUUUCGCCUCGAGAUGGCGGCAAAGUUACACGUCCAGCAGGCGCACGGGGGCGACGGUUUGGUGGAGGCCGGCCCGGGCCCUGGCGUUGAAGCUUCUUCCACUGCCGCGCCCUCAACGCCGCCUUCCACCCCUAUUGAAAGGAAUUUUUCGGAGGAAGAGGAACGACGUCCGCGUCGCAUGAGGCCCACACCGAAACCGCUUCAUCAACCAGAUCGCGAGGUGCCAGAUGCCGACAUGGCAGAGCUCCUUGUUUUGUGGGACAAAAUUGGACUUAACAGAUUGGAAGGGAGCUUUGUUCACAGCACAAUGGUGAUGAAGGUCUUCGCUGCACGUCCUGAUAUACCAGAACAGCCCCUCUAUGAGCCUGUUACGCCCCAAGGUGAUAACCCCUUUGAGAAGAUGGGUGACGUUGUUGCAAGUGCGGCGUCGGACGCCUAUGUUGGCGACCACGGGUUUACAGAGGUGGACUUGAAGGCUCCAUUUGCGCCAGCACCUGAUCGCACAUUGAAUCCUUUCCGUGCGGGGAGGGUGGAAAAUCCCUUUGUAAAAGUGUCAAUGGUGCAGCGCGAGACACCAAAAACGGCUCAGCCGCAGCCGCAGCAGCAACAGCAACAGUCUGUGCCAAAGGAAGAGCCUGUUGCUGCGCCAAUAACACCAUUUGGACAGUUGCCAAUGUUUGGCAGACAUCAGUCACCGAAAGAGACCACUGCAUCAAUGCCAUUACAGCAGAGCGUCUCGGACCCUGGAGAGGUUGCCUCUCCCUUCACAUCGGCAGUGGCUGAUUCACCAUUUACUGGUCAAGUGGCAUCGCCUUUCACUUCCACGUCUGACACUACUGCUACGCCUUUUGAAUCGACACCGUUCACAGCAGCAUCACCUUUUGCUGCACCUGGAAUGCAGGCAGGUUCACCAUUUAGUGCCAAUGUUGUAUCUAGUCCUUUUCUUCAAGAUGCCUCAGCCCCGUCCACCGCAUUCCCCAUAGCCAUGGGUUUUCCAACUUUGGCGUCAGACGUCCAAAAGGAGCAGAGUGCUCCUGUAGAGCAAAAGUGCCCCACAUGCGGUAAGGCGUUCUCCACCUUUGAUGGACUUGUCAUGCAUAGCAAAGCCAAACAUGGGGCUAUUCUUGAACGUGAAAAUAAGAAGGAUGGAAAACAAAAAAGACGCAGCGUACCUGAUUUACCUGCAUACAUUCCAAGUCCUGUUGAUCUUUCAUCGACAUCACCGUUUGGAACGAAAACCGCCGUCAGUGCUUCAUGGGUGGAAACUGAGUUAAUCCCACAUGCUCAGUGUGUGAGCAAUAUUACAAUUGUUGGCCGCGUGCUUGACGUUACACAGACAAUGGAAAGUGUAUCCCAUAUCACUGUGUUUGUCCAAGGUGAGAAAAGUGGGGAAGAAGAAACAGUCACUGUGUAUUGCUCUGGUGAUAUCAACACUCAGGUUCGCGAUACCGUGAAGCGUAAUACCACAAUAUUCUUGACUGGAACACUCCGACUUCAUCCCAUUUACGAGGCGAGCAACAACAAGUAUUAUGUGAGCCCUGUUGUGCAUGUUGCGUCGCCAACAGGGACACUAGCCGUGAUCACAUAA